AUGCCAGUGCUGCGGGGUCGGCAAGGAACCUCGCUGCCUCGCACGGUCCAUGCGGCUCACAUAUGUAUAGCAUUCGUUUCAAUUUUCGUUCUCUUCCUAGCCCAGCCAGCUGAGCCACUGCGCCUGCCGGGGGCCGACGACAUCAGGCGUUGGCUGAGGCGCGGCACUGCUGAGACUGCGAGCGACUCUGCAUGGGGCGCGGAGGUCUUUGGCCGACCGCUGCUGUCCCAGCGAUCUGAGGUUGACCCUGUGGCGCAGCGCAUCCUUGCCUCGGGUGCCUACGGCGGCAGCGGCAGCAACGGUCGUGCCAACGCCGACGCUUUGUCGACAGUAUUCGAUGCUGCGGCGCUGGACCAGCUCCAGGGCCAGGCGCUGUCAGACGCACGGCGGACCGCGCCCGACGCAGCCACUACUGCAGCGGCCUAUACGUCUGCCGCGUCCAGCGGCGCGUUCGACCUUGAGCGCGCGUCGAUGCUGGCCACGCUGCAGUCGAUUGCCUACUGCGGAGACCAGGACGGCAUGCGGGCGUGGUCAUGCCGCCGCUGCGCGCGCGUCCCCGGUUUCCAGCCCGCCGUGGUCCACUUUGACGCUGACUGGGACCUGCUGGGCUACGCAGGCUACCUGCCCUCCCUGAACGCCAAGGUCGUCGCGUUCAGGGGGUCUGACGCGGGCAGCUGGGCAAACUGGGCCAACAACAUGCGCGCCUGGCGCACCGAUGCGGCCUACCCCCUGCCCGGCGCCCCCAGCUCCCUGCGCAUCCACAGCGGCUUCCACGUCCUCUGGAACAGCAGCAGCAUGGCCAGGACCUUCACAGCUGCGUACGCCGGCCUCCUGGCCGCCCACCCCAAUGGCCCCACCUACGUGCUGGGCCACAGCAUGGGUGGCGCCCUCGCCCAGCUCUGCGCCAUGGACCUGCGUGUUGCGUUCGACCCGCCAGAUCUGAGGGUGUUCACGUUUGGGUCGCCGCGGGUCGGCAACGGCGAGUUUGCGGCGUUCUUCGUGCGGCACGUGGCGGAGAGCUGGCGAUUCACGCACGGGCGCGACAUCGUGCCGAGCGUGCCGCCAACCUACAUGGGGUUCCGCCACGUCGCAAGAGAGGUUUGGCUGGUGGAUGUGGCGCCCGCGGCUGGUGGUGCGGAGCCUGAGCAGCGCGUCAUCGUGUGCGACGAGAGCGGCGAGGACCCCUCCUGCCACAACAGUGUAUGCCACCUGGGCAUGUGCACCAGCGUUGCGGACCACCUCACCUAUAUGGGGGCACACAUGUGGGCAGGCGAUGAGUGCUGA